GUAACCAAUGGCGAAAAGGUUAAUGGAACACAUUUGGAGAGUGAAAAAAAAUGGCGCCGAACUCAAAUUUUGGAGCUUAUGGUCGAGACUGAUUUCUUGAGAUGUUUCUUCGCUUCUUCAGACCCAGUGUGCAGUAAAAAUGAAGUGCAUCAUUCCAGGAACUAAUAUCAAAGUGUUUGGCAAGGCGAUCCAUUCCUUAUCAAAAAUAGGAGAGGAGUUGUACUUGGAACCACUCGAACAUGGGCUGGCGCUACGUACUGUCAAUGCUGCCAGGUCAGCGUAUGGCUGUUUCAUCUUCGCACCCGAGUUCUUCUAUCACUAUGACGACAGCUCAGGUGGUACAGAAGGAGAGAUGGAAGAUGUCGAGGAGACGUUCAAGUGUAAGAUACAGAUGAAGUCAGUUCUGGCAGUGUUCCGUUCACUUUCCACCCUGGAGCGAACAGUGGACCGAUGUAAGAUCACUCUGGAUGAGGGGCCAAGACUGGUCUUCCAACUCUACUGUAAACACAGUAUAACAAAGACAUACAACUUGACCUUCCAGGAGUGUGAGACGUUACAAGCUGUCUUCUCUAAGGACCUCUGUCCAAAUGCCAUCACUGCACAGGCAAAACUCUUGACAGAGGUGGUACAGAACUUCCAGCUGUCUCUAGAAGAGAUCACUCUCAUUGUCUCUCCUGAAAAGGUCAUCCUGAAGAACUAUGUUGAAUCUGAGCCUGACCCAAGCAAAGUGCUCCACACUCAGAUGAGCCUAGCAGCAGAAGAGUUUGACUACUUCCAGAUAGGAGUGGAUACAGAACUCACCUUCUGUCUCAAGGAACUCAGGGCCAUCUUAGCCUUUGCAGAGGCAGCAGGCAUGCCCCUGUCCCUGCACUUUGAAACAAGUGGCAAACCUAUAGUAUUUUCAUUGGAGGGAGACCCUGCCUUUGAUGCAAACUUUGUGAUGGCGACAUUAGCUGAUCUUGGCUCCACUCAAGGUUCACAAUCAUCUCAACAACAAGCUAUCAACAGACCUGGGACAUCAAUGGCUGGAACCUCAAAAACAAAAAGAACAGUGAAGAAGACGCAGCAACAAGGCAGUAAGAGGAACGAAAGUGACAUAAUGGAAAAUAGAAGAUUCCAGGCAAACAGGCAGCCAAACAGGUCCUGUGCUGGUGGGAACAGCUUCUUGCCAAUGGACAGUGGGUUUGAUGACAUGAUGAAUGAUGGGAUGGAUGAUGUCAUAGCCAUGGGAGCCAAUGAGAUGGAGGCAGCUAUGUCCCAGGAAACAGAACAACAAAGGAAUGGUACAUCCCGACAUGAGGCUUCUCCUGAGAGGUCUGCUAGCCCAGAGAUCCCGCUGGAGUUAGGAAAAAGACCCCGAACUCAUUAUCCUGAUGAGAAGCCCACAUCACAUGACCAGUCACAUGAUGAUGUUUCCAUGGUGAUGGAAGAGGAGGGAGAGGAGGAGGAGGUACUUGUACCAGGCACACCUCCUAGCAAAAGGUUUCGCUCCAUGUUCUUUGGGAUCUCCUCCCAGUCUCAGGCCACACAAGCACCAGCAGAGACAGCAGACACAGCUGAGGUCCUGUGUGAAGACACAGACGAUGAAGACUGACCUGAUGAACCUUGUUGCUGUCCCACUUUAUCUACACAUUUUAAAACAAUUUAGUGUAAAUACUACAUGUACAUAUUAAAAGAAUGAGGAGGCAGUCUUUUAUGAAAAAGAACGGACGGUUAUGUACUACAAAAUAGUUACUCCAUUUAUCACGACAUUGGUACAGCUGUUUUUCAACCUGAGAGUGUUUUGUUCUCGAGGAAUUUGUGUUAGCUUCCUGUAUGCUGUACUCAUUAUGUAUUAUUGUCUUUCAACAGUAAAAGCUAUUGUACUUAGUGUUAAUGGAACAUAAGACAUAUCAAGUACUUGAUUUAGUACACAAGAGACCAGAAUGCUAGAGUUUAUCUAUGUGUGUUUGCCUAAAAGCAUUACAUUAUGUUCUCAAGCACAGUGUCUUCGUGAUUCAUUUUUCCACGUAUAACUCUGAUAACUGUAGAUUCUACAUUAUGCAUCCUCAUUGACACAUGUAACAAUGAUUUAACGAUGAUUGUAGAUUUGACCAAAGAAGCUGAAGUAAGGGGAAAAUUUCGUACUGUGAACCCUCUGUCCAACAUUUUGAUGGAUCAUGAGGAAUAUGACAUGACCAGUUUAAUUUUUUACCAGUUGAAGGCUUGUUGAAAUACACUGGUGUAGAAUCU